UGCUCCGCGGCCGUUAGGUUUCUGAGGCUGGUGUUCACAGCUGGGUAGUCAUGUCUGGUCGUGGUAAAGGAGGAAAAGGUCUAGGUAAGGGAGGCGCCAAGCGUCACCGUAAGGUCCUGCGAGACAACAUCCAGGGCAUUACCAAGCCAGCCAUCCGGCGCCUUGCUCGUCGUGGCGGCGUCAAGCGCAUUUCUGGCCUCAUCUAUGAGGAGACUCGCGGCGUUCUGAAGGUGUUUCUGGAGAACGUGAUCCGUGACGCGGUCACUUACACGGAGCACGCUAAGCGCAAGACCGUGACUGCGAUGGACGUGGUCUACGCUCUGAAGCGGCAGGGACGCACUCUGUACGGCUUCGGUGGCUGAGGCUUCCUUUUGCUGUGUCCAGUAACUCCGUUUUUCAACCAAAGGCCCUUUUCAGGGCCGCCCACUU